AUGUCGCGAAUGUACUCGUUAUUUCUGUUAUGCACCCUCAGUGCCCUCUGCCUCUCGCUACCGUUCCGACUCUCAGGACAGUUACCGUCAUCACUCAUCGCACGGAUAUCACAGCCAUUUAACGAAGAGGACGACGUGAUUUUAAUGAUGCCACAACUUCGAGCACGACGAUCUCAACCAAUUAUUGACUACACGGACGAGUUCUCCGCGGAUCCGUUCGAGGUGCCAGACAGUGUGUGUACUGUAUAUGCCGUUGAACAAAGGACGAAGGCCAUUGUGAUUGUGGGAAUCAUGUAG